AUGCCAUCUCUACAGCCCCGCCGUCGGUCGAGAGCCCGAUUUGAAGAAGAAAACGACGAGCAGUCUUCAGUAUCAGACUCACCAAAACGGCAGAAGCGUGAUACGAACGGUGCUUUAUCAGAUGAAGAAGGUGAAGAUGGAGACGAUCAAAACGAUCAGGGGGUUUUGCGACAGAGACGGAUUAAAAGCUCAAGCUCGCCGUCGGGAGCCCGUCAUGAUAAUAGCACAGGAGAGUUCCAGACUGGUGCUAUAGUCAGGGUUUUGGUCGAAGAUUUUGUCACCUACGAACAUGCCGAGUUUAAUCCCGGCCCGAAUCUCAACAUGGUCAUUGGCCCAAACGGUACCGGCAAGAGUUCCUUGGUCUGUGCCAUAUGCCUUGGCUUAGGUUACCACCCAAAACAUCUCGGCCGGGCGAGCAACGUGGGAGAGUUUGUAAAACAUGGGAAAGAGAGUGCUAUAGUCGAGAUCGAAUUACAAGGCCGACCAGGCGAGCUAUCCAACCACGUAAUCCGCCUGCAGAUUCGUAAAGAAGAUAACAAGACGAAGUGGUGGAUCAAUGGGAAAGAGAGUACGCAUACUGCUGUAAAAACUCUUACUAGUGGUUUGCGCAUUCAAAUCGACAACCUAUGCCAAUUUCUGCCCCAGGAUAGGGUCGCCGAGUUUGCCGGUCUUACUCCUAUACAACUUCUCCACGAGACUCUACGAGCUGCUGCACCUGAACAAAUGAUCAUUUGGCACAACCAACUGAAAGAGCUACACAAGAAGCAUAAAGAGGUCAAAAGUAGACUUGACGCGUGCGCCGAGACAUUGAAAGGCCACGAGACACGCCAACAGGGAUCGCAGGCUGACGUAGAUAGACUUCGUGAAAGAGAAGCGAUCCAGAAGAGGAUUCAAGACCUCCAUAACGCCCGGGCAAUUGCUGAAUACAAUAAUCUCCGUCGUAUAGUAAACGAGGCGAAAAAGAAAAGCAAAGAUGCGCUCAAGAGGCUACAGGAGCUAGAACAAGCGUGUGGGCCUGCCUUACAGGCUGUCAAUCGAAAGGAGGAAUAUCGGCAACAGAUUGAAGCCGUAGUUGGGGAGCGAAAGAUUGCGUUGAAGAAUGCCGAAGCUGCAUGCGAUCGACUUUUGCAGAACAUUGAAGCCCAAGAAGAACAGAUAAAGCAUAUCCAAAAUAAGAAGGUUGCAGAGGAGGGGUCUCAUAACUCUAAGCGAAACGAUCUUGCGAAGAUACGUAGGACAAUUACGGAUCUUGAGGCCAAAUUGCAGAACAAGCCCCCGGAGUUUGUUGCUUCUGAUUGGAAUCAGAAAAUUCGGCAACAAGAGCAUAUACUGCGCGACAAUGAAGCAGAGAAACGUACAUUGCACAAUCAACUUAACGAGCUGAAGGAUCAAAAUGAUAGAAAGAAGCACGAGAAGGGACAGCACGAAAAGAACUUGGAUGAUUUAAACUCUCAAGACGGUCAAAAGCUUGUUCAUUUGAAAAAGGUCCACUUAGAUGCUGCGAAGGGCUGGGAGUGGCUCCGAGAGAAUCAGAAUGAGUUCGAGAAGGAGGUCUUUGGUCCGCCAAUGCUCAACUGCUCCCUCACAAACCCGCAGUACUCGGAUCAAAUCCAGUCGCUCCUCGCUAGGGAAGACUUCUUUUGCUUCACCUGUCAAACUCGCGACGAUCACAAAAAGCUGAGCGCACAGUUCUUUAAUAAGCUAGGCAUUUCGGUGACAAUCAGGACUUGUGGUAGCGAGUUCUCAUCAUUUCGACCGGUCAUCCCUACGGAACAAAUUCGCGAGAUGGGUCUUGACGCAUACGCCAUUGAGUAUCUAGAAGGUCCGGAGCCGGUUCUCGCGAUGCUCUGCUCCGAGAAGAGACUACACACAUCCGGAGUUGCCCUUCGAGAUAUCAGUAAUGAUCAAUAUGAAUUGAUAGCAAGCCGCGAGGGAAUACCUAGCUGGGCCUCUGGCCCCUUGAUAUAUCGUAUUACGAGGCGUAGAGAAUAUGGUAAUGCAGUCUCAACCUCUACGAGGAAAAUUCAACCGGGCCAGUUCUGGACAAACCAGCCUGUUGACCAGGCUGAAAGGAAUGCACUGCAAAGACAUAUCGACGAAGUAAAUGAAGAGCUGCAGGAUAUAAGAAGACAAGGGCAAGAAACUAAGAGACGUAUCGUAGAACUAGAGGAGGCUGAGAAACAAAUCCGUCCACAAAUAGAUGCAUUUAGGAGAGAGAAGAACGAGUUGCAAAAAGCUGCCACGCUAUAUGCAACUCUCGGAGAUAAAAUCGCAACCGAGAAGAAAGCCCUAGAAAGCACACAGAAAGACCUUGCAGACUGUCGGAAGCGAAUAUUCGAAUACAGCGCUCAAGAAGACCAGCUCGUCAUCGAGAAGGCUAGGUCCGUCCUGAAACAUAAAGAACAGCUUCCUCAGAUCCGCGAUAUCCACCAAGCAUUGUUAGAGGUUCAGAUCCGCCUCAUUGAAGCCCAGUCAGAUGUCAAAGGCCUGGAAGAGCAAAACUCUACUAUCAAGCAACAGCUUGACGAGAAGAAAGACGAGAUCGCCAAUGCCAAAGCUGAGAUGGAGAGGUUAAAAAAAGCAGCAAUUGAUGCUAGGGAGAAAGUAGAAGCAGCCGUUGAUGACGGUGGCGAUGACCGACUAGCUUACCUGAACGGCUUAGCGGAGGGUAAAACCGCCGAGGAAGUUGACCACGAGAUCGGCGCCGAGUCUACUAAACUUGAGCUGAUUCAUGGUGUCGACCCCGCGAUCUUACGACAGUACGAGAAGCGCGCGCAGGAUAUCCAGGAGCUGACGCGCAAGAAGGAGGAGCUGAACGUGAAGCUUGAAACGUACCUCAGAAAGAUCAAGCAGGUGAUGGAGCAGUGGGAACCCGGCGUUGACGACGUUGUCGGCAAGAUCAAUGACGCUUUUAGCUACAACUUCGAGCAGAUCAACUGCGCGGGCGAGGUCGGCAUCCAUAAGGAUGAAGACUUUGAACAGUGGUCUAUCGAGAUCAAAGUCAAAUUCCGCGAAAACGAAACCCUCCAACAACUAAACCAACACCGGCAAUCAGGCGGCGAGCGCGCCGUCUCUACGAUCUUUUAUCUUAUGGCGCUACAGAGCAUGGCGCAGGCACCCUUCCGCGUCGUCGACGAGAUCAACCAGGGUAUGGACCCGCGCAACGAGCGCAUGGUACACGAGCGCAUGGUCGAGAUUGCGUGUCGCGAACACACGAGCCAGUACUUCCUUAUCACGCCGAAACUGCUUACCGGCCUACGAUACGACGAGCGCAUGCGUGUGCUGUGUAUUGCGUCCGGCGAGCAUAUGCCGCCGGCGGAAGAUGCGAAGAAGCUUGAUUUCAGCAAUUUGGUGAAGAUUCAACGGGGGCUUGUCGCUUCGGCCGCGUAG